UCCCAUUUGAUUGGAAGGCGGCAACGGCUUUAAUCUCGGACUAAUUCAGCUGCUUUUGAAAAGUGAACAUUUUCUACUAGUUCGCACUUGAGGGAGUAGGGAGCGAGGACCUGCGAGAGACAGACGCACUCAAGGCGCGACGCUCAUGGUGCAGGACACAGCCACGGAUCCGCGAUAAACUCGCACGGUCUCCAUCCAGCUGCCGCGCCUUCGCCCCUUUUACCCGGAUUACCCGUUAUCGAACAGUUUCACCAUUCUUUCCUUUUCUGUUCACCUGACCAACCCAGAGAAAGAGAGAGAGAGAGAGAAACAGAGGGAGAGAGGGGGAGUCUGAAUGUGCGUUUUGGUUUUCUUAAUGAAUCCAAGAAAAACAUCGCCGUUUCAUUUCCUGACAAUUGGGACAUGAUCACGUCCCCCUCGGCGUCUAUCCUGAAGAAUAGUGGCAUUCGCGCAGCAGUCUGGGAGAGCGGCAGUUCUCGGAAUAGCAGCUCGGCGAGCGUCAACAAGCCUUUUCUCCACCCCGCGCCCCCGUGCGAUCCGCUACGGCAAGCGAGCCGACUCCCCAUCAAGGUUCUGAAAAUGCUCACCGCCCGGUCAGGACACAUUUUGCACCCGGAGUAUCUGCAGCCUUUGCCUUCUACCCCGAUCAGCCCCAUCGAGCUCGAUGCUAAGAAAAGUCCGCUGGCUCUUCUGGCGCAGACGUGCUCUCAGAUCGGCAAACCGGACCCGCCGCCUUCCUCCAAACUGUCCUCCGUGACGUCCAAUGGAUCUAGCGAGAAGGAAUCUAAAUCCGGCCCUCUGAAAAUGAGCGACAUCGGCGUGGACGACAAGUCCAGCUUCAAGCCGUACUCCAAGCCUUCGGACAAGAAGGACUCGUCCUCGGGCGUCUCGGGCGCAGAGAAGUCUGGUUUCCGAGUGCCGAGCGCCACCUGCCAGCCGUUCACGCCGCGCACGGGCAGCCCCAACUCCAGCACCUCCGCGUCCCCGAUGCCCUCCGAGGGGAAGUGCGGGGAGAGGGACGAAAAGAAAGACUCCGACUGUAAUAAAAACGGCGCCGGGGACGGGUCCGGCACCACUAGCCACAGCAGGAUAAGCGUGAGUUGUGGUGGAAUUAACGUGGAGGUCAACCAACACCAGGAGACGACGCCUGGCUGUAAAACCUCCUCCUCGGACUCCGCGUCUGUAACUUCCGUGUCCUCCGCGUCCGUGCUCGGCUCGGGACUCGUGGCGCCGGUUUCUCCGUACAAACCGGGGCAGACCGUUUUCCCGCUGCCGCCGGCCGGUAUGUCCUACCCGGGUAGCCUGGCCGGGGCCUACGCGGGUUACCCGCAGCACUUCCUAUCCCACGGAGGGGGCCUGGUCAGCUCGCUGGGCUGCAGCAAGGCCGGAUCCAGCCCGCUGGCGGGGGCUUCUCCGCCCUCCAUCAUGUCGGCGAGCCUCUGCAGAGACCCUUACUGCCUCAGUUACCACUGUGCCAGCCACUUGGCGGGCGCGGCCAGCGCCUCCUGCACGCACGAGUCCGCGGCCGCCGCCGCCGCGAACGCCCUCAAGUCCAGCUACCCGCUGAUGUACCCGACGCACCACAUCCACGGCGUGCACUCCUCGGCGCCGUCAUUUAGCGGGCACCCGCUGUACCCGUACGGGUUCAUGCUCCCCAAUGACCCCCUGCCCCACGUUUGCAAUUGGGUGUCGGCGAACGGACCGUGCGACAAGCGCUUCUCCUCGUCAGAAGAGCUCCUGAAUCACCUGAGGACUCACACGGCGUUCACCGGGGCGGAGAAAUUGAUUUCCGGUUACCCGGGGUCCUCGUCUCUGGCCAGCGCCGCAGCGGCGGCCAUGGCCUGCCACAUGCACAUGCCACCGUCAGGUGGCCCCGGGAGCCCCGGGGCUUUGGCCCUGAGGAGCCCGCAUCACGCGUUAGGACUCAGCAGCCGCUACCACCCGUACUCCAAAAGCCCCCUGCAGAGCCCCGGGGGCCCGGUGCCCAUGCCGGCCGCCACCGGCCCUUAUUACUCCCCGUAUGCGCUGUAUGGCCAGAGACUCACCACAGCGUCAGCGCUUGGAUACCAGUGAGGAGCAGAAUGGACUUGGAAGAGUUUAUAGUUCUAAGAAUGCAAAUAUUAAAAAAAAAAAUAAAAAAAACUUUUAUAUUAACAGCGCUAAACGUAUGGGCGGGAUCCGUGGACUUCAACUGUAUUUAUUUAUAUGUCGGCUUAAAAACAGGCGAUAAUAGCUGCAAAUGAAAAUAUUUGAACAACUCGAAAAGUGCAUUAUGUUGAAACUGAACUCUAUAGGAAAAAUGGAAACACACACAUGUUAGAGUACUAAUUAAAGUAGGGAUCUUCAUUUUGAUGUUAAUUUGAAUUUGCUGAUUGUAUUUGUUCUUAUUUAAUGCCUCAUUGAGAAGGAAAUAAUUUACAUGCAUGUUUGUUUCUUAAAUUUCUGAAAUUGUCCACAUUCAGAUUGCCGUUAUUUUUCAGGUGUACACCUUGGAAAGAGAAUUGGUAUUUUUUUGUAUGUAUUCUGGAAAAAAAAUAAGAAACAAUUCUGUUCCAUAUCUCCGUGUGCCUCAUUUUCUGAAGUAUUAUUCAGUGUCAAUACUAGUUGAGUUUAUAUUCCACCUUCAGUCUAUAAAAUCGGUUUUAUAAGUGAAUGGGUUUAAAAGCGUCAUUGAUCAUUUCCGGCAGCAUGGCCUAUAUAUUUUACUGUCAAUUUAUUGCAAUCUCAUCAAAUGUCAUUUUGACAAAUUGCUAAAAUCGUCUUCAUCUUUCUUUCUCUCAAUUAUACUAGUUUGUAUGCUACGUAUUUGAAAAGCUUUAAAGGUUUACUUUGAUCAGAGCACGUGUUAAAAACUUAAAUUAAAUGCAACUUGAACGAGAGAGGAACUGUGUGCGUGUGUGCGUGUGUGCGUGUGUGUGUGUGUGUGUGUGUGUGUGUGUGUGUGUGUGUGAGCGGGACUGUGUGCGUGUACACAGGGUGAAUCGGGCUGAGAUCAUUUAGUUUACUGGUGGGUGAAGUUUGUCAAUAUGUUUUAUUUGAAAAAGAAAAGUUGGACCAUGACGGAUUUUUCGGUGGUUUAUUCGCAUUGCUGCGUUUUAAAUUGCUAAGUUCAAAAUAUAGAUAAAACGUUUUAUAACCUUAACGCAAAGACGGACGUUGACUUGAAUCAUUUUCUGCCUUUCAGGUUUAAUGCAAUAGACAUUUUACAAGCAUCGUCACACAGUGACAUUUAAAUUCGGCUGAAGCGAAGUGAACCUCUUGUUCUCCCACGAAGUUAUUUCGACUUGGAGGCCAUUUGUUUUUUCCUCUUCUUAAAUAUUUUAAACAGGUGUAGGUUAUUUUCAAUCAUCUGGAUGUCAUCGUUUAAUUUGCAUUUGAUAAUCUCAUCCACCUGUAAAUCUUAAUGUACACAGCAAUACAUUUGUCAUUAAAAAUGAUUGUGCAAA